AUGAAACUAAGCCCCGGGUGGCCUAUUUCUAACGUUCAGCCCCCAGCCCCCGGUCAGACCCCCGGCCUCAGCCAUAAAAGAGCCGCAGGUCGCGAAACUCCCCCGGAAUAUUGCUCAUUCUUCAGAUUCCAAGACCCAAACAUGUCGCGAAAGAUCGAUCGAUUGCCGCCGCCGGCAAAUCCUCGUCCAAUGAAAGUGGUGGUCGCAAGCCCCAGCCGGUCUGGGACAAUGGGCCUCUACCAUGCGAUGAAGAUUCUGGGGUUCAAGACGUAUCAUCUAUACGAAUGCAUGGUCCAUUGUGGCACGCCUCAUAUGGAGGUCUGUCAAGAGGCGGUGAUUGCGCAAUGUAAUGACCUUUCUGGGAUCAAGAAAUACAGCAAGGCCGAUUAUGAAAAAUGGCUGGGAGAUUACGAUUGCCUCGUUGAAGUCCCAAGCCAUGUCGGAAGCGAUAUACUCGAGGCUUACGCUGACGACCCCAAUGUGAAAUUCAUUCUCACCGAGCGAGACCCGGAUAAAUGGGUCACAUCGGUGAAUAAGACCGCAGGAGCUUUGCUUGAUAUGCCAUACACGUUUCCAUUCGUGAUCUUGAAGUAUUUCGAUGCGACACUAUACCGGUUUUUGGUCCUGAAUGAGACCCUUUACCGGAUCAUGGCCAAAUGUACCAGGCCCGGCGAGGAAGACAAUGCCAUGGCCCUUCGGAAAGGGUAUACGGAUUAUAUCAAAAAAGCAAAGCAGAUCAUUCCGGCCGACCGACUAUGCUACAUUGAGCUGGAAAAGGGCCUUGGAUGGGAGAAUAUCUGCCCAUUCCUCAACCUACCCAUUCCCGAUCAGGAUUACCCCGGUCGCAAUGAGCCGGAGAAGUUCCAGGCACUGGUUCAGGAGUUCCUCCAGCCUAAGAUAAAUGCUGCGAUCAUGCGAUUGAGCGCGAUCGCUCUUCCGGUAGUCGGUGUUGCUGGAUGGGCUGCUUUCAAGUAUGGGCCACAGGCCGUGGCGGCGUUGAAGAAGGUUUCAUGA